AAAAGGGGGGAAGCAGGGAUUCUUUAAACUAUAGGUACCCCAUCAUCAAGUCAUCUCUGUAAACAUCUCUCUUGCUAGGCAUUUCACCCCAUCUUUAUAUCAAUUCCCAACUUACUGAUGACAGACAAACUGGAGGAUCAACAUCAUCAAUGACAAGAUCAUUAGGCAUCUCAGGCCAAAUCCUUCACAGUGAGACUGGGCCACCACAACUAAAUGUAGGCAGGUGCACAGGGUAGUGGUAGGGGGGUGCAUUGCACAUGGUCAUCUGUGCAUUUUUUCUCGGGAGACUUCACUGCAGUGACUUAGGGUUUAACCUUACCACAUCGAACUGGUACUUCCACCCAGAGACCUCCCCGUGCUAAAGAAUCUAGGGAAAGCUGAGGCCUGUCCUCCCUGUGCUGUGAGACUGGACGUGAAAUGUCCAUGCCGGAACCGAUGGUGGAAGUGCAGAGUUGGCCUAGGUCGUGCACUGUAUAGAGAGAACCGGGCAGUGGUUUUGUAACGGUGGGAAAUUAUAACCCAGCCCACCAUUCUUUUGAUGUUGUUCCUAUAAGUGCUGACUCGGUCUAAUACGUGGCCUAUAGAUGAACAGCAUGUUCGUAUGAGAAUCCUAGGAACUAGUUUCGAAAGAUACAGACCCAGAUCCUCAGGCAUCCCAGCUCGGGGAGAUUUGCUGACCUUCAACCACAGAGCCCCGGGGCCAUGAAGCCAGCGUGACUAAACCAGGAUGAUGCACACCGGACCCCCACUUGCCUUAUCGAACGGACCCUGCUCCUCUGCACUAGAGAACUCUGCAACCCCCUCUCUUGAUGUCUUGGUUCUGUUCCCUUCUCCCUCCUUAUAAAACACCUCUGCCUUCACUGAGAGGUGGAGAUGGGCUUUGAGACAGGGGUCCCCCAUCUUCCAGAUAGCCAGCUUUUGCAAAUAAACCACUUUCCUUUACAUGGGCACCUGUCUCUGGAGUACUGGCUUUCCGCGGCAGGCAGGCAGCCGGACCCGCCUUCGGUUACAGUUUGGGUUUUCUAGAUUUCCAUAGAAAUUGUUCCAUCCCCCAGGCUUUGCUUUCUAGGCUGAACAGUGCUAAUCUGUUUUGGCCCCACCUCCUACUGAUUGUAAUUUCUGCAUCAGCAGAACAAAAAAAUAUUAAGUAUGUGCCCCACUUUCCUGCUCAAGACCAUUCUGGAUAGGGAAGUUGGCCAGGAAAACAAACAACAAGAAGGACGACGACGACAUCAUUUUCAGUGGCAAUUCCUAGUGGCAGGGUAGAGUAACGUUGACACAAACUGUAUUCUCCGAGGAAUAGUCUCUCAUCCAUCAAUCCAGCCAGCCAGCCAGUCAACGAAUUUUCACACGAACGUGUUCGGGCCCGCGGCAGGGGGCGGGGUCGCACCUCCUCCGCGGCUCUGGUUCCAGCAGAGCCUCUCAGACGCGGAGAUGGAAAUCCCGAGGCUGCUCCCGGCUCGCGGGAUGCGACAGGGCGGCGGCGCUGGCAGCCCCGCGGGCGGCGGCCGAAUCCACGGAGGCCCUGACCCGCGGGCUGGCCAGGCCCCCGCGCGCCGCCUCCUGCUGCUCCGGGGCCCCCAAGAUGGCGGGCCCGGGCGGCGGCGCGAGGAGGCCCGCGCGGCCUCCCGGGGGCCCGGGCUCGGCCCGAGCCCUUUGGCGCCGAGGCCGGAUCAGGCCGGCGGCGGCGUCGUCGGCGGCGGCGACUUCUUCCUGGUGCUGCUGGACCCGGUGGGUGGCGACGUGGAGACCUCGGGCGCUGGCCAGGCCGCAGGGCCCGUCUGGAGGGAGGAGGCCGAACCCGGCCCAGGGCUCCAGGGGGGCGAGAGCGGCGCGAACCCCGCGGGCCGCCCCGCGCCAGGGCCCCGCUGCCUGUCCGCGCUCCCCGCCCCGGCCCCGUCCCCGAUCCCCGCCCCAGGCCUGGGCCCCGCCGCGGCCUUCGCGGGCACCGUGACCAUCCACAACCAGAACCUGCUGCUGCGCUUCGAGAACGGCGUCCUGACCCUGGCCACGCCCCCGCCGCCAGCCUGGGAGCCCGGGGUGGCGCCUGCCCCGCAGCCCGGCGGUCUGGUCGCCCCGCAAGCGGGGGUUCCACACGCCGCGCAGCCUGGCGACUGCCCGGAGCUGCCGCCGGACCUCCUGCUGGCCGAGCCCGCGGAACCCGCGCCAGCCCCUGCGCCGGAGGAGGAGGCGGAGGGCCCGGCCGCGGCCGAGAGCCCCCGCGGGCCGCUGGGCCCGGGCCCGGGCGUGGUGCUGUACCUGUGUCCGGAGGCGCAGUGCGGGCAGACCUUCGCCAAGAAGCACCAGCUGAAGGUGCACCUGCUGACGCAUAGCAGCAGCCAGGGCCAGAGGCCCUUCAAGUGCCCCCUGGGCGGCUGCGGCUGGACAUUCACCACCUCCUACAAGCUCAAGAGGCACCUUCAGUCGCACGACAAACUGCGGCCCUUCGGCUGCCCGGCGGAGGGCUGCGGUAAGAGCUUCACCACCGUGUACAACCUCAAGGCGCACAUGAAGGGCCACGAGCAGGAGAACUCGUUCAAGUGUGAGGUGUGCGAAGACAGCUUCCCCACUCAGGCCAAGCUCAGCGCCCACCAGCGCAGCCACUUUGAGCCUGAGAGGCCCUACCAGUGCGCUUUUUCCGGCUGCAAGAAGACGUUCAUCACGGUGAGUGCUCUGUUUUCCCAUAACCGCGCCCACUUCAGGGAGCAGGAACUCUUUUCCUGCUCCUUUCCUGGCUGCAGCAAACAGUACGACAAGGCUUGUCGGCUGAAAAUCCACCUGCGGAGCCACACCGGCGAGAGACCUUUCCUUUGUGACUUUGACGGCUGUGGCUGGAACUUCACCAGCAUGUCCAAACUGUUAAGGCACAAAAGGAAGCACGACGACGACCGGAGGUUCAUGUGCCCUGUGGAAGGCUGUGGGAAAUCUUUCACGAGGGCCGAGCAUCUGAAAGGCCACAGCAUAACCCACCUGGGCACGAAGCCUUUUGUGUGCCCUGUGGAAGGCUGCUGUGCCAGGUUCUCCGCCCGCAGCAGUCUCUACAUUCACUCCAAGAAACACUUGCAGGAUGUAGACACCUGGAAGAGCCGUUGCCCAGUGUCCACCUGUAAUAAACUCUUCACAUCGAAGCACAGCAUGAAGACCCACAUGGCCAAAAGGCACAACCUCGGCCAGGAUCUCUUGGCUCAGCUAGAAGCUGCAAAUUCUCUCACGCCCAGCAGUGAACUGACCAGCCAGGGACAGAGCGAUCUCAGUGAUGCAGAGCUGGUGUCUCUCUUCUCUGAUGUGCCUGGCAAUAGUUCUGCUGCAGUGCUGGACACGGCAUUGGUGAACUCGGGAAUCUUGACUAUCGAUGUGGCUUCUGUGAGCUCCACUCUGGCUGGGAGCCUCCCUGCUAGCAACAGUAAUUCCUUAGUGCAGGCUGUGGACCCGCGGGCCUUGAUGGCCACAACUGACCUCCCUCAAAGCCUGGAUACCUCUCUCUUUUUUGGAACGACAGCCACCGGUUUUCAGCAGAGCCCCUUAGAUAUGGAUGAUGUCACCAGCGUGAGUGCGGGGCCAUUGGGAUCUCUGGGCUCUCUGGCUAUGAAAAACUCCAGUCAGGAGCCCCAGGCUUUGACCCCCAGCAGUAAGCUGACUGUGGACACGGAUGCUCUGACUCCUUCAAGCACCCUUUGUGAAAACAGUGUCUCAGAACUACUGACGCCGACCAAAGCAGAAUGGAACGUACAUCCUGAUGCUGACUUCUUUGGGCAGGAGGAAGAAACCCAGUUUGGAUUCUCCAACCCAGUGGGAAACCAUGGUUGUCAGAAAGAAACAGAUCUGAUCACGGUGACUGGCAGCUCAUUUUUGGUAUGA